GAGCAGCGACAUCGAGCCGGACUCCUCACAGGCCACGCUGACUCGGCGCCCGUCCUCCUCCAUUAUGUGCUAAUUUGGCCCGGUGUUGCGCUGCUCGGCUUCCCCCAGCCCGGAAUAGCUCAGCAGCGCCUCACACCGCCCCCGCCUCAGCAGCUCAGCGCCCGCCUUCGUGUCUGCGCUCUCAGUCUAGCUUGUUCCCUCCCGCUCCUCCCUCCCUCCCCGCACCGGCUCCCUGUGUCCCGCCUCCUCCCUGCUGCGCCUUCGGAAGCGAUCGGGGCGGACGAGCGGUACUUUCCCCCAUUUGGGCCUGAUGUGAAGCGAGGAGGGAGAGCGAGGCAAGGUAGCAGAUUCCUGACUCUGUUUGCUGAGAAAGAAAAAGUGUUAAAUCUUCAUGCUGCACACAGAGAUAACACAGAUCUUCCAGGGAGUGUAUGCAGCAGGAACUGUCUUUAACUCUGUGAUUCCCAGUUAUUCCAUUCUUUGUGAUUUUGAAGAACAAGACUGAUUAAGAGAGGAAGAGACUAAAUGGAUCUUAAGACAGCAGUAUUUAAUGCAGCUCGUGAUGGCAAGCUGCGGCUCCUCACCAAGUUACUGGCAAACAAAACUAAAGAAGAGGUAGCCUUGCUAAUGUCGGAAAAAACAAAUGGUGCCACACCCCUUCUAAUGGCAGCCCGCUAUGGUCACCUUGACAUGGUGGAAUAUCUUCUGGAACACUGCAGCGCUUCUAUAGAAGUUGGUGGCUCUGUUAAUUUUGAUGGUGAGACUAUUGAGGGUGCACCCCCAUUAUGGGCAGCAUCAGCUGCUGGCCAUCUGAAGGUGGUCCAGUCUUUAUUAAAUCAUGGAGCAUCUGUCAACAAUACAACUUUGACAAACUCAACACCUCUUAGAGCUGCCUGUUUUGAUGGCCAUUUGGAAAUUGUAAAGUACCUUGUGGAGCACAAAGCUGACUUGGAAGUAUCAAACCGUCAUGGGCAUACAUGCCUUAUGAUAUCUUGUUACAAAGGGCACAAAGAAAUUGCUCAAUAUUUGCUUGAGAAGGGGGCUGAUGUAAAUAGAAAAAGUGUCAAAGGAAAUACAGCCUUGCAUGACUGUGCAGAAUCCGGUAGCUUGGAAAUCAUGAAGAUGCUUCUCAAAUAUUGUGCAAAGAUGGAAAAAGAUGGCUAUGGUAUGACUCCACUUCUCUCAGCUAGCGUUACAGGUCACACCAACAUUGUUGACUUCUUGACCCAACAUGUUGAGACAAGCAAAGCAGAACGCAUCAAUGCAUUGGAACUUCUAGGAGCCACAUUUGUGGACAAGAAGAGAGAUUUACUUGGUGCUUUGAAAUACUGGAAAAGAGCUAUGGAUAUGAGGUACAGCGAUAGGACUAAUAUCCUCAGCAAACCUGUGCCUCAAACGUUAAUAAUGGCUUAUGAUUAUGCCAAGGAGGUGAACAGUGCUGAAGAGCUGGAGAACCUUAUUGCAGACCCUGAUGAGAUGAGAAUGCAAGCAUUGUUAAUUAGAGAACGUAUUCUUGGCCCUUCACACCCGGAUACAUCCUACUAUAUUCGGUACAGAGGAGCUGUCUAUGCAGACUCUGGAAAUUUCAAACGAUGCAUCAACCUGUGGAAGUACGCUUUGGACAUGCAACAGAGCAAUUUGGACCCACUGAGCCCUAUGACUGCCAGCAGUUUACUAUCAUUUGCUGAACUCUUUUCCUUCAUGCUGCAGGACAGGGCAAAAGGCCUGCUGGGCACAACAGUUACAUUUGAUGAUCUUAUGGGCAUACUGUGCAAAAGUGUCCUCGAAAUAGAGCGUGCCAUCAAACAAACUCAGUGUCCACCUGACCAAAUACAGCUCAACAAAGCCCUUUCCAUCAUUUUGCAUUUAAUUUGCUUGUUGGAGAAGGUUCCUUGUAGUCCUGAACAAGAUCAUUUUAAGAAACAGACGAUAUAUCAAUUUCUUAAGUUACAUCCUAGAGGAAAGAAUAAUUUUAGCCCACUCCACCUUGCUGUUGACAAGAAUACCACAUGUGUGGGGCGCUACCCAGUUUGUAAAUUUCCCUCUUUGCAAGUCACUGCUAUACUCGUGGAAUGUGGUGCUGACGUAAAUGCUAGAGACUCGGAUGACAACAGCCCUUUACACAUAUCUGCACUGAAUAACCAUCCUGACAUUAUGAGUCUCCUUAUCAAGUCAGGUUCACAUUUUGAUGCCACAAACUUGCAUAAACAAACUGCUAUUGACUUGCUGGAUGAGAAGGAGAUGGCAAAGAACUUGAUUCAGCCCAUCAACCAUACUACGUUGCAAUGUCUUGCUGCCCGUGUAAUUGUGAAUCAUUGCAUAGGUUACCAAGGGCACAUCCCAGAAAAACUUGAAAACUUUGUUUUGCUCCAUAGAUGAUAGUCUGAUAUAAACCCUCGGUACUAUGGGAGCAUGAGUUAGUGACUAACUGUUGCUUUCUCAAGCACUGUUGUGAUAUGCCAGCGAUACACCAUCAUUCAUUCAGCUUGGUCCAUCCUGCUCAUUGGCUAAGGCAUUAUUAGAAUUGGAUCUGCAGAGUUGGUUACCCAGUAUUUAAAACAAACAUAUCAUAUAAUAUAUUUUGUGGGUUAUUUAGAAAUGUAAUGCUAUAUUUGGACUCACUAAAAUUGUCUGCCAAAGGCUUGUCUACUCUGGUUUAGUUUGCCUGUUGGUUGUUUGGGAUUGAGUUGAAUAAUUUUCGUGGUGUCUUAUUCUUAAUGGUGCGUGGAUUUUAUAUAGUUGGGAAGUCAUCUUUUUGUUCUUGCUUGAGCAUUUCUACUUUCCCCCUUCUCUCUAAUGGGUUCAUUGCUGAACUGUACAAGUUGUAUGGACUUGUUAACAUUUGCAAUUACCAUAAGUGCUUUUAUCCUUUCUAUGCACUGGCUUGAACAUGACUGUUUGUGUGUUGCCAUAUUUCUAUGCAGCAGUUGGCCAUUUUCAGCUCUGACACUGUUUUUGUCAGUUGGUUAGAGCUCUCUUUGAGAAUACAACCUUUACAGCAUGACAGUUCUUGAAGAUAUCAGUCAGCUGUCCAAACACUCAUUUAACCCUUCACCCCUAGCUAUUUCUGCAAUUGCUUUCUGUUUUCCCCCCCAGAGCUGCGUGCUGAAUUUGGGAGUAAUGUGUUCUCGUUGGCAAGCCCACUUGAAGUCUGAAAGUCAUUUUAAUAUGUCUUGCUGCAAGGGGAGGAGGGUAUGGAUUGUCUCUUCUCUUCUGCACUAGUGUCUUGCUUGAGCUGAUUGUGUGACUAGGUGUAGAGAGUUUCUUCAAAUUUAACCUGAAACUUAAUCAUACAAUUCAAUGAGAUCUAGAUCAAACAUAGUCUGAAAUUACAACUCAAGAUUCUUAGUUACAAAAGAAACUAAAGCAUGUUGGCAUGAUGCUUGUCAGUCCAGAUCUAGCCAUCAACUAGAAUAAUUAAUUAAAUGGUUGUAAUCAGUAGCCCUCUGCAGGGGCUUCAGAAGUUCAAUAGUAGUAUCUCCUCCUCUUCAUUUUAAAAUAACUCUUACAGAUAAUUUGCAUGCAUUUUAUUCUCUAAAACCUUUCAGCCAUAUUUAUGGAAACAUCAGAGGCUGUGUUGAGUACAUAGCCUCCACUGAAGCUAUCUAUUUUUAUAAUACUUGCACAACAGCUUAGCUAUUGCAGCAGAAAGGGCUUUUUAGACUUGAUAAGGAAACCAUAAGCAAAGACUACAAAUGAGAUUAAGAUUCAGGUAACUAAUAUAAUUCAGCACUUUAUUGUUGAUUCAUAAUGAACUUAUGGCAUAUUAGACCUGCAAAUGUCUUAAAAUAAAAUGAUUCUCAAGAAAAAAGCUCAUUUUUCCUAGUGUGGAAUACAGCAUAUAUGCCAGUCUAACAUAAUGGGUGUUUUGUAUUACCAUUGAUAAUAUCUUAAUUAAUGAUCAUACCUAAUGCCUUCUCAGUUCAAAACUGCAACACAAAGAUUACUGUGAGUUUGUGGCAGUUGACAGUACAGAAUAAUUUCAGAAACAAAUCAAGGCGCUUUUUUUUUUUUAAGAUGGUACUGUUUUCAAUUGAUUAUUUGAGUUUGGUGUGUGCAUUUCUCACAAUUCACAUAAAUUAGUAGCAUUUGACUUGUUUUAUUGUCAUCACAUUGUCUUAGUGUGUGUUUGACAUAAAUUGAAGUGGCUUCAUGAUGACAAACUUUUGAAACAAUCAACCAAAUGCUAAGUGUGCUGCUGUUUGUCUGUUGAAUACUUUCAGACCUGGCAAGAAAUAUAUAAAAAGUUUUCUUUUUUUGUUCAUGGGCACAUUUCGGUCACUUUUACGAAAACCAAAGUGUAUAAAUUUUUUCAGAAGCAUACUACAGAACAUUUAUUUUAGCUAGCUAAUUAUACAGUGAUUAAAACACAUUCCUGUUUAUGGAUUAAAAACCAACAGUUUGAAGAAAAUGGCUGACUUUUCAUACUCUUCUCCAUUACUUUCCUGUUCCUCACGUAAACUUAGAGUUAUUCGGAUAGACGGGCAAAGCAUAACCUCCUUUAUGCUAAAAAUAGGGCAUGAGAGGAACAGAGAUUGUAGAACGUUAUGUGCUCUCCGUUUUUUGUAUUUUAACUUGUAACUAAAAUACUACUCUGACAAUAGGAAGCCUUUGCAGAUAGGGAUCCAAGUUUUGGUUCCUUUGAGUGCAUAUACUUUGAAAAUAUAUCUUCUGCUGAAAAGCUAAGACUUGGUCUUUACAAAAACCUUUAAGCAACAGUUAACAAAGCUGAAGACUCUUUAUGUAUUGAAUUUCCAUACUUUCCCCACAGCAGUGCCCAAAGUAGUUUAUCAGCACUUUGUUAAAAUACAUUUAAAGAUUUUUUUAAAAAGAAAAACAGACCAACUUAAAAGAGAGCCAUAGAUUGUCUCACUGGCUGCUGCUCCUCAUCACAGGCGGUUGGUAGUUUUAUGGCUUGUGUGAGGAGGGAAGGGCUGUUUUCAACUUGAAAAGCAGUAGCAGGUGGAGAUGGCGACAGUUACUUUUACAUUUACUUUCUUACCUACCAUGGUAUCUUCCUUUUGCCCUGCAAUACUUCCACCUUGAAUAUUUUUUGGAAGUGAUAUUGUUGGAUUACAAGCUUGUCACAUGUUCAGAUACAGGAUUCAUCAAGGCAAAAUUUGAUUCUCUUAGGGUUCCUUGCUUUCACAUGAAUUUACUAAAUAUUUAAACAAAUGCAGCCCUAAUUCCAUCAGUGUGUAAUAAACUAGAGGCUGCUAGGCUGCCACCUCUUUGUGUAUGUGAAACACUGGAUUCCAGCAGACAUUAUCCACUACUUAGAAGAGAAUUCUGAUUAUUGCUAUUCCUAUAGUCCUGGAAAUCCUUAUCUACUGUAGUGCAUUCAUGAAGAAUUGCUGUGGCAUGAUUUGCUGGAUUAUGCAUGGUGCCAGUGCUAAAGAAAUGAUGAUCCUUCAGAAUAUUGUGAUGCUUUCCACUUUUCUGUUGAUCCAUAGUUUUCCAUAAAGAUAUACUAUUUCUUCUGCUUCAGCUGCUAUUGUGUCUUGAGAAUUUGAAUAUUUUUCAGGUAUACUAUAUCUGUAUUUGGAAAUGCAGAAAUGUGUGGAUAUCAACACUGAUUCAUUCUGACUCGUGACUUAAUUCCUCUUAUUCAUCAUUUUAAUAUUUCCUAUUUGUUUAUGAACGCUUGCUAUUUUUGGUGCUAGCACCACAGUGUCUUUGUUUACAUUAGCCUGAUUGCCAGCAAGUGCUCUAAAUAAGUGUCCCCUUCUAACGUUACACUGAGCAAAUAAAAAAGGAAAGAGGACCAUAAAUUCAGAUCAUUUAAUAUUAGUUAAACAUACUGUACAGUGGAAUAGUGUAUUUAGUUUAUUGUUUGAUAAUGAGGAACCUGGGAAUUACAUGUUCUGGACAUUAAGGUUUUGAAGUAGCAACCAUCAGUGCCAACCCUAUUAAUCCAAACAGUGUGGUAUCUAAUACUGAAUCUAGCAUUUGAAUCCUGAGCAAAUUAAUUCUCAUUUUAAGAAACAGCCCUCAUAACUCUAGACAAAAAAGUUCAAGAGAUCAAGAGUUCUGAUUUUCAUAGCAAAGCAGCACCUCCUAAAGGGUUAUUUCUUUGCUGCACUUCCCUUAUCCAAUGCCUAACCUAUCCCUUCUCAUUCUGCACAGAAUUCCACUUUCUGCAGCCCUUCCUUCCCCUAAACACAUUGUCCAGGUAUGCAAAUUAUUUGAAGCAUGCACAUGUGUUGCAUUUACAUUACUGAUUUCAAAGACAGAAACUUUAGGUUGUAGAAUUUGAAAGGUUUUGUUUAGAAUGCUAGAGCGCCUGAUAGUGCUCUCUCUGCUACUUCAUAUUUCAGAAUGUAGAACUGGAACCAACAGAUUUAUUCAAUAGUGAAGCUGGAAAAGUGUUACAAAUUCCUAAAAGCUAGCAACUGUUUGUUUGGAACUUGUUUAGGUACAUUGGCCAAGUCCAAGCCUGAAUUGCUACUUUAAAUUACUAACAUCAACUUCUUAGGAUCUUUGGGAUUUGGUGAUCUUUGGGAUUUUUUUUAUCCCUAGAUGGUUACUGCUAGUAUAUUCCUAUUUAGGGUAUAUAUACAUAGAGAGAGAGGCUUCCAAGAAUGUUCAGCAUAACUGAGGCACACUUCAAAGUGAAUACAGUUUGAAUAACAGGGAGACUGAGUAACCUUCUGAAGGCCCCAAGGGGCCUCUCUUAGUAGAGCUAAAAAAUAAAGCCUGAUCCUGAUGGUAUGUCUGUGUGGGUCUUGCUUUAGAGCUCUAAUCCUUCCAUGCUACAUAGCACCCAUGCACUGUCAAUGCUGACCUGUUGUAGUCCGUGUGGUAAGUUGAAACAGUGUGCAAGAGUGUAGCUGGGCCAUUCCACAUGGAAGAAGGGCCCUCUGGAUACUACUCCCUGGCUUUGUGCUGAAGAAACUGAACCCAAACUACACGAAGUUCUAUUGCGGGCUGGGCAGGCCUUGCUGGUCUUGAAUGUAGUUGGAGGUUUAGCCCGUCAAAUGGAACUGAUCUUACUCUAUGCUUUGAUAUGAAAUAUGCUGUUAAUCCUGGCUUCCCACUAAAUACAUAAUCCUGGCCCCAUGAAGCAGAUGUGGGAGUGAAGUCUGUCUUUACUGCUCAUUCAGUUACUGGUGUGAAAUUCAAACUCAAAAAUGUUUUUCCUUGAACUUUCAGCAGAACGCACUUUCUCUCUUCCUACACAAUCCUAACAUUUGAUCUUUGCCAUUUUAUUCCUGGUAUGUUACCUGUCACUUUUGUGACAUGCCACAAACUUGCACAUGCCACAUCACCUUAGUUCAUCACACCAAAGAACACAGCAUUUGAACCUUGCCAAAGUGCAGGAGCACUUUCAUCAUAUGGUGUCUUCUUAAUUUUUCCUUCUUUGCUUUGCUAAAUUGUGUCUCAGUCACAGGAAUGUGCUUAUUAAGGAAGUGUUGUAUUAUGCCUUUCCCCUUUCUAGGAGGUUCAACCUUGAUACAAAAACAAUGGUCCACAUGUUGCACAGCAUUUCAUAGGCUUUUCUGAUCAGCCCCACACUGCUGCAGUCAUUUAAGGAGGCACUGUUCUAGCACAAGUGUGCAAAUAAGUUGUGGACCUGCACUUUGGAAGCAAUGUGGGCCAAUUGGAAACACCUAAGUAAUAGUACUGUGCAACAUGUGGACCAACGUACAAUCUUGUUCUUAUCAGCUCAUCGUUAUUAACUUUGCACAAUUCUUUAGAUGUGUGUUUUGUAGAAUUGACUUGUUUUGACGCAAUUGCUUUUUUAUAUGAUGAGACACUCUCGGUGAGGGCUGUGUCCAACAACACUAAAAUAAUCCAAAUUCUGCACCAAGCACACCCAGAUUUUGCAGCAUGAAUAAAAUAUGUAUAAUUUUGCAUCCGAUAUCAGUUGGUAACAAAUUAUAUAAAUGGCUGAUAUUUCACAUUUCAAAACUGUCUCCAAAUAAGGGCUAUCAGCUUGUAUUUUUAAAAGAAAGCUGAGAUUGUUCAGAUGCUGAACUUCACACAGGAUAACACAUUUUGUGCUUAAUGUUGUCCUAGAUGUAUGGAAUUCACAGAUGCAUGUGUGUUUUUGUAGGAACUUGGGUUUAUGGUGAUACUUGGUGUGGCAUUGGGUUAUGAAGGAUCUUGUAAUGCACCAAAUAUGUUUAAAAAGCGAUGGUGUGGCACACAAUAAACCAGCAUUGACAGUA